AUGGAGAAGGAGGAGGAGACCCGCGAGAUCCUGCUCCCCAACUGGCAAGGCAGCGGCUCCCCCGGCAACCAGACAGAUGACGGGGUCUUCGUCAAGCGAGUGCAGCAAAACUCCCCGGCUGCCAAGAUGGGCGUCGUGAAGGAAG